AAAUCAAUAUGGCGAAUUCGCCGUGGAAUUUGACACAGCGACCGUGGAAAGAAAAACACGAAGAAAAAUUUAAUCGUGUUUUUUAAUUGCUUUUCCGUAGCAUUUCUUGUAGUAUAUUGUGAGAAAGAAUUUGUGAAAAUGGUAGAUUUAGACACGAACUUUGAUAAUAUGACAAAAUACCAAAUCUUUUGCAAGUACAUUGAAAAUGUAAACAGACUCCGUGUUGUUGUUCGCGAUAGAUCUGAUCACGAAUUUUCAGACUUUUUAAUUGCGCAUUUAAAUCGCUACACCCUCCCAAGUUAUGUCUACAGCACCAAUUUACUGAUAAAAUCCGUGCUGGACCGAAAAAGGAAGAUUGUGUGGUGGAUAUUCUCUCUCUUGGUAGCGUACACUUGUGUCUCGUAUAAGCAUGAGGCAAGUAGUUUGAUCCUUCGUCACAUCCAGAAUGAAAUCUAUCCGGCCAUGAAGUUGUGGCGGAAGCUCACCUUGCCAAUCAUCACUCAAUACCCAUCGUUAACUGAACUCUACGAUGAGGCUUGCUUAUUGGGAAAUCCACUGUUCCAGGUCGCAGAUAUGGAUUGCAAGCCGUGUUCUGAAGCCAUCAAUGUCCUAGAUAUCACUCAUUACGGUGAUAUCAGUCAAUUUGGAGAACCCUUCGUGUUCAAGAGCUCUCAGGAAGUCAUCACAGUGGCGAAUAUCUAUGAGAUUUUCCUAGCCAAUGAAGACAUCUUCCGUCGGGAUGCCUAUCGAGUGCUCUCGUCAAAUCACAAAAUCAAAAAUAUGAUGGAUCUGGCCAAUGAUUUUCUCAAUACCACCCAUCAGGCAGAGAGCCAUAGUAUCUGGAGAUGCAACCGGAUGCAUCCAGCCAGAAUCCUACGUGGGCUCUUUCCACGUCCGCAGCAGCUCAAGGACACGGGAAUGUCACUUGAGCGCGUACUUUUGAUUGACACACCAGCAGCCAAUCCCUAUCGCCUCCCGGACAUGGAGUGCUCCAAUGUGUUCGUCAUCCAGGCAGCCGGAACGCGCACUUUCAUCCUCAGGCCAACAUCUGAGUGCCGCUCAAAGUGCCGAACACUCUCCAUAAGACUGCCCACGUCCUAUGUCUUAAUUUACGAUUGGUGGUAUUGGCGCCCAAUAUCUGUUCCGGACGAAUUCACCACGGCGCCGUCGAUUGCCUACGUUGGCUCCUACUGCUAAAAUUCACCUAGUCCUUGCUCAAUUCGUGAUUGCCAGCAAAAAAGAAAACUCAUCUCACACGACUCCAAAGCACAUUUAUACAUCAACAAAUUCAAAAUAUAUAUAUUUUUCUCUAGUUAAGGGACAAA